AUGUAUCAUAACAGUGGCGAUCCAUAUGCAGGGCAGUAUCCAAUGCCGCCACCUGCUCCCGAACAAUAUCAAGCACCCACAUCCACACCACCCGCACCUGUAGCAACAUCAUCUUCAAAUUAUUAUCCUCCAUCCUCAAGUUAUUAUACCCCACAACAUGUAACGGAACCAGAUUACUUUCAUCAACAACCGCAACCACCACAACCUGAACCUUAUCCAUCUUAUCAUCGAGAUUCUUAUGAACCACAACAUCAUCCUCGCGCUUCCUAUGAACCACAAGCUUCCGCCUACAAUGAUCCACAAAUUUAUCAUCCUCAUCCCAAUACAAGUUACUAUACGGAGGAAUUGGAGGCAUCUUCAGCGACACCAGAGACGCCCAUUGUUGAAAAGCACAAUGCCACAGCCGCCUCAUCAUCAUCAGCAGGUCCACCACCCAUAGCUUCUUCUUCGUCCAACGAAUCACCGAAAAAGAAGGGAGGAGGAGGAUGGCCAUUUAAAAGACACAACAAACAAGAACCUGAUGUGGAACAACAAUUACAACCCAAACCACCUGUUGGACCACGACUUGCACCUGAGGAUGAGAAACCCACGUAUCAACCAUCAGCAGGACCAGAACCAAGACGAGGUGCAAGUUGUUGUUGUUACAACCCUGCCCUCACGUGCUGUUCCGUGUUUUGGAUGCUUGUAUCCAUUGCCUUUUUAGCGGGCGGCAUUGCACUCAUGGUUGCAUCCAAAAUAGUCACUGAUAAAUGUAACAAUGAGUGCAAUGGUGGUAACGAUACUUCGGAUGGUGGUUUCUCUCUCCCAGACAAUUGUACGAUCCUUUGUAGCAACGUAUUGCAUGAUGGCUUACUAUAUGGUGGUGCUGUUGUCACUGGUCUAGCAGGCAUUGCUAUCAUUUGGAAAUUAUUCAUGUGGUGCUGUGCUGGUUAUUCAAGGCGAUGA